AACAACAACCUAAUAUGCCAAACUAUCACAAAAACACAUUCAUUUUCCUCUUUAUCCCAAAAACAAAAUUCCAAGGUUAACAUGUUCAUUCCAAUUUUAUACGUUCCUCUCCUAUUAGGUUUUUACAUUAUCACAAAACAUUUUCUACGCAAAUUUCGAAAUAAUCCACCAGCUCCAUUUCUUACUUUCCCAUUUAUUGGUCAUCUUUAUCUCUUCAAAAAACCUCUUCAACGUACCUUAGCCAAAAUCUCCGAACGUUAUGGCGCUGUUCUUUUACUCGAAUUCGGUUCACGAAAAGUUCUUUUGGUUUCUUCACCAUCUGCAGCUGAAGAAUGCUUAACAAAAAACGAUAUUAUUUUCGCAAAUCGUCCUCUUUUGAUGGCUGGAAAACAUUUAGGCUACAAUUUUACUUCUUUGGCUUGGAGUUCGUACGGAGAUCACUGGAGAAAUUUGCGUAGGAUUACUUCAGUUGAGAUGUUUUCGACUCAUCGUCUUCAAAUGCUACAUGGGAUUCGUAUUGAUGAAGUGAAAUCUAUGGUAAAGAGGCUCAAUUCCUCUGCCAUGGCUGAAAAUUCUGUGGAUAUGAAGUCUAUGUUCUUUGAGCUGAUGCUGAAUGUUAUGAUGCGGACAAUUGCUGGGAAAAGAUAUUAUGGAGAGAACGUGGAGGACAUUGAAGAAGCUACGAGAUUCAAAGGCAUGGUGCAAGAGACUUUCAGGAUUGGCGGGGCGACGAAUAUUGGUGACUUUUUGCCGGCGUUGAAGUUGUUGGUGAGAAAAUUGGAGAAAAGCUUAAUUGUGUUGCAAGAGAACAGAGAUGAGUUUAUGCAGGAAUUAAUUAAAGAUUGCAGAAAGAGAAUGGAGAAGGAAGGUAGUGUUACUGAUUCAGAAAUUGAAGGGAAUAAGAAAUGUUUAAUUGAAGUUUUAUUAACACUACAAGAAAAUGAACCGGAUUAUUACAAAGAUGAAAUCAUCAGAAGCCUUAUGCUUGUUCUAUUAGCAGCUGGUACAGAUACUUCAGUUGGGACAAUGGAAUGGGCUUUAUCAUUAAUGUUAAACCACCCUGAAACUUUGAAGAAAGCACAAGAUGAAAUCGAUGAUCGCAUCGGACAUGAACGUUUACUCGACGAGUCAGACAUCAACAACUUACCUUACCUACGUUGUAUAAUCAACGAGACAUUCCGAAUGUACCCUGCAGGACCUCUACUAGUCCCACACGAGUCGUCAGAGGAAACCACCGUAGGAGGCUACCGUGUACCUGGAGGAACCAUGUUACUUGUGAAUUUGUGGGCAAUUCACAAUGAUCCAAAGCUAUGGGAUGAACCAAGAAAGUUUAAACCAGAAAGAUUUGAAGGACUAGAUGGUGUUAGAGAUGGUUACAAAAUGAUGCCUUUUGGUUCUGGACGAAGGAGUUGUCCUGGAGAAGGAUUGGCUAUUCGAAUGGUUGCAUUGUCAUUGGGAUGUAUUAUUCAAUGCUUUGAUUGGCAACGAAUUGGGGAAGAAUUGGUUGAUAUGACUGAAGGAACUGGACUUACUUUGCCUAAAGCUCAACCUUUGGUGGCCAAGUGUAGCCCACGACCUAUAAUGGCUAAUCUCCUCUCUCAGAUUUGAACAUAAUUGACCAAACAUCCCCAAACUAGAAUAUUAUUAUUGGUUACCUAUAUCAAUGUAAUCAAUUUUGAACCAUAUUAUAUCUCAGUGUACUCUUUUUCUA